GUUUACUCUUGUAGAAAAGUUUGCAAAAAAUCACUUUUUUACUUAAAAAAUGGAUUUUUUGACUUUGAACAGGAGGGAAAAUACGGAUAAUACACAUCCAAUAACAGAUUUACCGAUUGAGGAUAUAGUUGUGAAGCACAUUGCGCCGUACCUGACAAUUGAGGAUAUCCUGAAUUUUCGAAAAAGCUUCCAGCAUAAUCUUUAUAUGAUUUAUAUGGCAGAGAGAAUGUUCGACGCGCUGCGGAGUAUCACGAUCGACAAAUCACUGAUGAGAGAACCUGGAGAUAUAUCCGCCAUCAUAAGAAAUAGCCGGCAAUUGCGGCAUAUUGAGAUUUCAAUUCCAAUUGAGGAAGAGGAUGAGAUAACAGAUGAAUCCGUGAGUAGGCUUCUGAGGGGGAAUCGUUUUCUCCGGACAAUCUACAUUGAUGGUUGCUGGAAGCUCACAUCUGAAGCUUUUUGGCCACUAAUAGACACAUGUUUGGAUGUUGUGGAGCUGUGCAUUCCCCAUGUGACCCUUUACAGAAAAUUCAUCAAGGCACUGUAUGAAGUCAAUCAGAACCUAACUAAGGUGCAGUUCUCGAAUCCUAAAAAAAAUCCUAUCGCGGAAUACUUCAUAGGUGAUGAUGAUAUGAUGCACAUCAUACCGUGGUAAACCAUUGUCCAAUAAAUUGAAAGAACUUGGAAUUGAAACCGAGAGUUACUCCAAAAGAACAUGGAAAACUGUAGGAUUGCGGAGUUCGCAUAAUGUCCACGGAUCCAGACGGAAAUUCAGUAUCCUCCGAGGAUUUAAUUCGUACGUGAUUGCACUUUUACCAAAAGAAUCCUUUCGGUAGGAAAUCACGGACGUACAAACCAGCUGUUAGCCAUAACAAGACAGGAGCUGCGAACUGUUGUGGGGCUCUUGACGGCGCAUAGCCUUGGCGCACAUUAGAAGUGAAGCUUUCAGGAAGAAUGUAUUCAAGCUAGAGAAUCUAAUGAUCACAGACGUCUCUGAAAUACUUCUCUUCGUACGGAAUUCUAGAAUUGACAGAACUUAGAUUGAAUAAAUAGAAUUUAUAACAUAGAGAAUAGGUGACACGAAGAACUCAACAUAGAGCUCAGCUGUCAACACCCGGACUCUAUCCACAGCGAUCUACAUCAUCAUCAUCAUCCUCCGAGGAUUUGGAAUUCGUCUCUGAUUAACACAGUACACAUUAUAUUAAUUUCCUUUAUUUUAUCUAUCAAAAAUCGAAGAUCUUCGAUUUGAAUUAAAUGAAAUUGAAUUAAUUUUAGUAAAAUCUGAAGUGUUUGAUAAACUUGAUAAAUAAACAAAAUAAGAAAGAAUUCAUGCGUCCGUUACAAAAGACGUUUGAGAAUUUGAUUUGAAAUUUUCCUUUCGCCGACACGAUCGAGAACAGGAUCAUGCUGUUGCUGAU